CACCAUGGCCUCGGACCACCAGACCCAAGCGGGCAAGCCACAGCCCCUCAACCCCAAGAUCAUCAUCUUCGAGCAGGAGAACUUCCAAGGCCACUCGCAUGAGCUCAGUGGGCCCUGCCCCAACCUGAAGGAGGCGGGCGUGGAGAAAACCGGCUCCGUCCUGGUGCAGGCUGGACCCUGGGUGGGCUAUGAGCAAGCCAACUGCAAGGGUGAACAGUUUGUGUUCGAGAAGGGCGAGUACCCCCGCUGGGACUCAUGGACCAGCAGCCGGAGGACCGACUCCCUCAGCUCCCUGAGGCCCGUCAAAGUGGACAGCCAGGAGCACAAGAUCACCCUCUACGAGAACCCCAACUUCACGGGGAGGAAGAUGGAGGUUAUAGAUGACGAUGUACCCAGCUUCCACGCCCACGGCUACCACGAAAAGGUGUCCUCCGUGCGGGUGCAGAGUGGCACGUGGGUCGGCUACCAGUACCCUGGCUACCGCGGGCUGCAGUACCUGUUGGAGAAGGGAGAUUAUAAGGAAAGCAGUGACUUUGGGGCCCCCCACCCCCAGGUGCAGUCUGUGCGCCGCAUCCGUGACAUGCAGUGGCACCAACGGGGUGCCUUCCACCCCUCCAACUAAUGCCCCCCGUUUCCUCCCUAGGGGCCUGGCCUGCUGCCCAGGAUCCCCCCCAGACCUCUUGGCGACUGAAUAAAGUGUGACUUGCAACU